GAUGUUAAAAAAUUGUUCAUGCUCAGCCAGUCAGUACUGUAGGCCUGCCUUCUCCGUCUCUCUCUCGAACACACACAAACACACGCUAUGUCAGCCGCCAGCACCGAGACGAGCGCCCCGUUGCCCGCGGCCACCAGCCGGGUGUUCUUCCAGCCGCCGGCUGGAGUUGGGUGCGCUGGCUCCGGCCCCAUGCCGCGGGACGACCCGGUCCAGAGGAAGCAGGGGAAAGUGACGGUGAAAUACGACAGGAAGGAGCUGCGGAAAAGAUUGAUACUGGAGGAGUGGAUCAUCGAACAACUCAGCGAUCUGUACGACUGUGAGGAAGAGGAGAUGCCGGAGGUAGAGAUUGAUAUUGAUGACCUGCUGGAAGUCAACAGUGAAGAUGAGAGAGCUGUCAAAUUACAGGAAUCCUUAAUAGACUGCUAUAAACCCACGGAGGUCUUUGUCAGGGAGUUGUUAAGGAGGAUAAGAGGAAUGAUGAAACUCAGUGCUCCCACCAAGAAGGGCCUAUAAUGGUCGUCUGCCCACCUCAACCACAACUCUACUGUGGAUCGGCCAUAACCCAACUGCAAUUCAACCAUAACAACUGCAGCUGGACGGCAAAUGUACAAGUAUAGACAAGUCAAAGUCAAACUGGACUCUACUGCAACGCAACCGCUCAUGUCAACAUGGAUUAGCUACCCAGUAGCUUAGUGACCAUUAGCCCUGAGUCACUUUACAACAUUACUUUAUGGAUUACUUAACAUACAAUAACUUAACAUGCUAAUCAGAAGCAAUAGCUCUACACAAUACUACAGCAUUGCUUAAAAUUACACAGCUCACCACUGCACAGCUGAGAUACAUCACCACUGUCCAGCUGAGAUACAUCACCACUGUCCAGCUGAGAUACAUCACCACUGUCUAGCUGAGAUACAUCACCACUGUCCAGCUGAGAUACAUCACCACUGUCCAGCUGAGAUACAUCACCACUGUCCAGCUGAGAUACAUCACCACUGUCCAGCUAGUAUAACAGUCUUUGGCUAAAAUACUGCUAGCGGUACCGAUAUGUGGUACCGUAAUGCGCGCAUGACAAACUGAGCAUAAAUUUUCAUGAAUGAA